AUGCCGCGCUUUCACUGCCUCCACCCGAAACAGCCUCUUGCGCCCCACUGUGCUGCCACUCGCUAUCACUCUCCACUCGCCCGCUCUCCCCGCCCUCCCCGUGCACUCAGCAUGCAGCGCACUGCCCCCUGGGCGCCAUGCGUGCGUCUGCUCUCUCUGGGUGCUGCGUCUGGGGGUACUAAGCCUAAGAGUACUGAGUCUGGGGGUGCGGCGCCUGAGGGUACUGAGACUGCUGGUGCGCGGUCUCCUUGGAGUGGCCGCCUUCGUCCGCGUGCGCCUCUCUCCCCACAGCAGCUGCACGAGUGGUACACUCGCCGUCAGGGUCGCGCUGCUGGUGGAGGUGGUUCUACUGUCGUCGCUGGAGCUGGGAGAGGUACUGGUUCCCUGUCUACAGGAGGUGCUGGUGUAGCUGCUCCCGAAGGUGCUCUAACUGGAGGUACUGGAGCUGCUGGGGCUGGAGGUGCUGCGUCUGGGGGUGCUGCUGCUGGAGACACUGGGACUGGAGGUGCCGGUUCUGGGGGUGCUGCUGCUGGAGACACUGAGACUGGAGACCUAGGGACUGGUGGUGCUGGUUCUGGGGGUGCUGCUACUGGUGGCGCUAGUCCUGGAGGUGCUGGCGCUGGAGGUGCUGGAGCUGCUGGUGGUGCUGAAGCUCCUGGCGGUGCUAGAGCUGCUGGUGGUGUUGGUGCUACUGGCGGUGCUAGAGCUACUGGAGGUACUGGAGCUGCUGGAGGUGCUGGAGCUGCUGGAGGUACUGGAGCUGCUAGUGUUGGUGGCACUACGGAGCCACGACUCCUGGCUCCUAGCUGCCUGCUCCUUCUCCUUACACUGAGCAGCCUGGUAGUCGUGUUGCGCGUCGUGAGCCUGCGUCGCGUCCUGUCUCGCCUGUUCGUGCUCGUGUUCCUCUGCCGUCUCCUCCUACGUCUUCUCUGCCUGACGUUCCGGACCCUGAGUCUGUUUCGUGCCGCACACCCAACUGUCACGCGUCUGUUAGCCACGGUUGUCACUGACCCGUCGUCUGAUUCUGCUGCUGCGUCUGCCUUAGUCGCUGAGCUUGUUGACUUUGCUGCUGCCUAUCGUCUAGACUACGCCGCUAGUCUUGUUGCUGAGUCUGAGUGUGUCUGUCCUCCGUCCGUCGGGGGUGAGUGUGAUCUUGGCACGGACGUCCUUGAGGACAGGCACGAGGACCUUGAGUGUCUUGCAGCCGCUGCGCCUCAUCUCGUGGCCAUGCUGCUUGCCCCUGAGGGAGACCCGGAUGCACCAGACAUCCCGACCCCGCGCUCUUACGCUGAGGCGAUCGCGGGUGAGUACUCCUCUCAGUGGCAGACAGCCAUGGACGCAGAGAUGGCAUCCUGGAAGUCCACAGUCACUUACGUCGACGAGGUUCCUCCUCCUGGGGCGAACAUCGUCGAUGGCAUGUGGAUUUUCAGGGUGAAGCGGCCGUCGGGUUCUCCGCCUGUCUUCAAGGCUCGUUAUGUUGCUAGAGGCUUCAGUCAGCGUGAGGGAGUUGACUUCUUCCAGACCUUCUCCCCUACCCCGAAGAUGACCACUCUUCGGGUGCUGCUGCACGUUGCCGCUCAGCGUGACUACGAGCUUCACUCUCUUGACUUCAGCACAACCUUCUUACAGGGCAGCCUGCACGAGGAGAUCUGGUUGCGCCGCCCACCUGGCUUCACUGGGUCGUUCCCUCCUGGCACCCAGUGGAGCCUCCAGCGGCCAGUCUACGGUCUCCGCCAGGCGCCUCGUGAGUGGCACGACACACUGAGGAUGACACUUGCGGCUCUUGGGUUUGCUCCUUCGACUGCAGACCCGUCGCUGUUUCUGCGCACCGACACUUCGCUGCUGCCGUUCUACAUCCUCGUGUACGUCGACGACUUGGUCUUUGCCACUGCUGACACUGAGGCUCUCGCCCUAGUGAAGUCGGAGCUGCAGAAGAGACACACGUGCGCAGUUACCUUGGCUUGCAGAUCACCCGGGACCGAGCACGCCGCACCAUCACACUGA